GCAGAAAUCGGUUUCCUCAGCUUUCUGAUCCUGUCGGUUUAAAUCCACAGGUCAAGUUAAAAACAUAGCAGAUCUUCUUCUUUUUAGUUCUUUCCACGAUUAGUUGAGCAUGAGUGUUAUUAAGAAAUCAUAGUUAAGUAUCGGUCAGCUACAAGAAAAUAUAAUCAUCGAUGAAUGUAGCCAGGGGGUGCAGGUAUGGGUUUAAAAAUUCUGUCGAUUACUACAUUUAAUGUUUAUAAUAUACUGAUUGACUAAUAAAACUAAUAUACUGAAAAACCACGACAGAUAAGCAAGUGAUGGUAGCAAUUAUACCCAAGUCCUGUAAAACGCCAAAGAAGAAGACAUUCCAUAAUUUGACUUUACGUUGAUUUCGAGGUUAUAGCUUAUUUAAUAAACUAUUUAAUUUUUUAAUUAUAUAAAAUAUGAACCCUUAAUUGUUUAUACUUUUGUAAUUGAUUUGUGAAAUCAUUUGGGCAUGUUCAACGUAAUGCUUAGGAUGGGUUAUAGUACCUCUAACAGCAUAAGGUGCUACUUAUUGAAUCCUUACAAAUUUGUUCACAAAACUGUUUAUAAGAUAUCCCCAGUGAAAUUGCCUAAGUUCAAAUAUUUUAAAAACGUGUAUCAAUCCAAGGGUUUUAAAAGAACAACUAUUGGCUUGGUACUAUGUGGAGGUGCUGUGUUCAGAAAUAUUUAUAUUCACAACGAAGCCUUAUGCGAGGCGCAAACUAAAACAAGAUUAUCUGGUUAUAAAUCAGGCACUGACAAAAAUUUAAGAUUUGAUUGGCAGAAAUUUUGGUUGUAUUUGAAACCUAACAUUGCUUAUUUUUUGGCAGCAAUAGCGGGAGCCUUGGUGGUAGCCAUAUUAAACAUAAAAAUUCCAGAAGUUAUGGGAAGUUUAAUCAACUUGCUUACUAAAUUUGGUGAAAAUAAUGGCAAGUUAUUUACUUCAGAAAUGAAAGUGCCGGUAAUUAAAUUAGUUGCCAUGUACAUUGGACAGAGUUUCUUUACUUUCUUCUAUAUUUUUAUGUUAUCCAACUUGGGUGAAAAAAUAGCAUAUAGAAUGAAAUCAGAUUUGUUUGCAUCCAUUUUAAAACAAGAUAUAGCCUUUUUUGAUGCAGAAAGGACUGGUGAGAUUGUAAAUAGACUAACAACUGAUAUCCAAGACUUCAAAAGUAGCUUUAAACAAACAAUUUCCGGUGGUCUUAGAGCAAUCACCCAAAUUGCAGGUUGUUCCAUAUCUUUGGUUACGAUCUCUCCUUAUAUGACAUUAGUGACCUUACUCUGUGUUCCUUCAGUUAUAGCAGUGGGUACUCUGUUUGGGUCAUUAUUGAGAUUCACAUCUCGUAGAGCACAGGCACAAAUAGAAAAGGCAACUGCAGUGGCCGAUGAGGCAGUAAGCAAUGUUAGAACUGUUCGUGCCUUUGCCAUGGAGGACCAGGAGAAGGAAAUGUUUGAAACAGAAGCUAAACACGCCAUGAUUUUGAAUGAAACUCUUGGGUUUGGUAUCGGUGUUUUUCAAGCUGGCACUAACAUGUUUUUAAAUAGUAUGGUUUUAAUGACAUUGUAUAUGGGAGGAUAUCUACUUUCCACUAACCAAAUUUCAGCAGGAGAGGUGAUGGCGUUUUUGAUGUCUUCUCAAACAAUUCAGAGAUCCCUAGGACAACUUUCGCUCUUGUUUGGAAGUGUUCUCCGAGGACUAGCGGCAGGCGGUAGAAUUUUUGAGUACAUUAAUUUAAAUCCAUCAAUGCAACUUAAAGGAGGAGAAAUUAUACCAGAGCAUGCUCUUCAGGGUAAUAUUGAGUUUAGAAAUGUUACAUUUGCAUAUCCUACAAGGAAGCAACAGGUUAUUCUGAAAGAUUUUAAUUUGACCGUUCCGUCCGGUAAAACUAUAGCCAUAGUCGGUGCUUCUGGCAAUGGAAAAUCCACUAUUGUGGCUCUUUUAGAAAGAUUUUAUGAUGUUAAUAAUGGUUCAGUUUCUAUUGAUGGUUACGAUAUUAGAACUCUGGAUCCAUCUUGGUUACGUGGAAAGGUUUUGGGUUUGAUAAGCCAAGAGCCAAUACUGUUCGGGACUACAAUUUUGGAAAACAUUCGAUAUGGGAAACCUGAAGCCACAGAUGGAGAAGGUUAUAUUACCGCAGUCGGUGAAAGAGGAGUGACAUUAUCCGGGGGUCAGAAGCAGAGAAUAGCAAUCGCGAGAGCAUUACUCAAAGAUCCGAAAAUUUUACUGUUAGAUGAAGCAACAAGUGCUCUGGACACAGAAUCAGAAAAAACGGUACAAGCGGCAUUAGAAAAUGCGAGAAAGGGUCGAACGGUAAUUGUUAUCGCUCACAGACUGUCAACUAUUCAAAAUGCUGAUGUUAUACUAGUUUUGCAUAAAGGAAAGAUAGUUGAGAUGGGGACCCAUGAUCAACUGAGAAAACUGAAGGGUUAUUAUUGGGCGUUGACCUAUCAGCAGGCAGAAGCUGGUUAAAUAAUAUCUUGUUAUUUGGAAAAUUGGUUUUAUUUAAAAUAUAUAUUGAAAUAAUUUGUUUU